AUGAAUAUUACAUUAAGUUUGUUUUUCUCUGUUAUAUAUGUAGUUUAUGUUUUACCAUGUUGCACUCAACUUAGUAAUAGCAAAAAGGGUUUCGCAGAAAUAUGUAAAAGUGCAGAAAAUAAAAAUGAAUCUAGCGUAUACUGUAUGAAAGAUUAUAAAAUGAAAAGUUCAAUAUAUAAAUAUAAACAUCUUAUGAAAAUUUUUUUAGAUAAAUAUAAAUUAGAUAAUAAUAAGAUAGCAAUAGUUGAAAAUUCAUGUGGAGAACCCGAAAAUUAUAUAACAUAUGGAAAUUUUUUUAAAAAGGUAUUAUCGUUUAGUCAUUCGUUGAAUACUUAUGAAGGUACUGGUGUUCCAGAAAAAAUAUAUAAUGAAGAAAAAAAUAAUGGGAAAUUUCGAUUAUUAGGUUUAUAUGGUAAUAAUUCAACUAACUGGUUAAUUACUGAUUGUGCUUGUAUGAUAAGUGGUGUUACAACAUUAGUAAUGCACUCUAAAUUUAGUAUAGAUAUAAUUAUUGAUAUAUUAAAUAAUACAAAAUUAGAAUGGUUGUGUUUAGAUUUGGAUUUGGUUGAAGGAUUGUUGUGUCGUAAAAAUGAAUUGCCAUAUUUGAAAAAGCUGAUAAUUUUAGAUAAUCUAACUAAGCGUAGUGAAAUGAAGAUAGAAAAUGAAGAAAAAUCCAAUGGUUCAAGAAAAAGUAGUAAUAAACAAAAAUAUAAUGAAUCUGAUAAAAGAGAAGACAUUAGUUUGUGUGCCUUAGAAUGUGAUAAGGAAAAAAUAGAAAAGAUUAAUUCAUUAAAAGAAAAAGCUAAAACACUUGGGUUAAGUAUUAUCGUAUUUGAUAAUAUGACAGAGAAUAAAAUAGCCAAUGUUACUGUUCAAAACGAAGAUCCUAAUUUUAUUGCCUCUAUUGUGUAUACAUCUGGAACAUCUGGGAAACCCAAAGGUGCUAUGUUAAGCAAUAGGAAUUUGUAUAAUGGUGUAAUACCUGCAUGUGAUUGUAAUAUAAUAAAGAAAUAUCCUCUAACAACACAUUUAUCUUAUUUACCCGUAUCUCAUAUAUAUGAAAGGGUUGUUUUUUUCAUUGCUUUGUUUUUGGGUGUAAAGAUAAAUAUAUGGAGUAGAGAUAUAAAAUUUUUGAAUACAGACAUAUGUAAUUCAAAAGGUGAAAUUAUAUUAGGAGUACCCAAAGUUUUUAAUAGAAUGUAUGCAACUAUUAUGACGGAAAUAAAUAAUUUAUCACGUUGUAAGAAGUGGAUAGCAAAACAGGCUAUAAAUUUACGUAAAGGUAAAAAUAAUGGAAAUUUCAGUAAAGUUGUUGAAGGUAUUACUAAUAUAUCAAGAAAAAUAAAAGAUAAGAUAAACCCUAAUAUGGAUGUUAUCUUAAAUGGAGGUGGGAAAUUAUCUCCAGAGGUUGCUGAGGGUUUAAGUGUUCUAUUAAAUGUUAAGUAUUAUCAAGGAUAUGGUUUAACGGAAUCUACGGGUCCCAUAUUUUUACAAGAUGUAGAUGACUGUAACACUGAAAGUAUGGGAGUAGCUGUUUCUCCUAGUACAAGAUACAAAGUAAGAACAUGGGAAAUUUAUAAGGCUACAGAUACUAUACCAAAAGGAGAAUUGUUAAUUAAAAGUGAUUCUAUGUUUAGUGGAUACUUUUUAGAAAAGGAAUCUACAGAACAUGCUUUCACGAAUGAUGGUUAUUUUAAAACGGGAGAUAUUGUACAAAUUAAUGAUAAUGGUUCUUUAACAUUUUUAGAUAGAUCAAAGGGUUUGGUUAAAUUAUCUCAAGGUGAAUAUAUAGAAACUGAAAUGAUAAAUAAUUUAUAUUCCCAAAUCCCUUUUGUAAAUUUUUGUGUUGCAUAUGGUGAUGAUUCUAUGGAUGGACCAUUGGGAAUUAUAUCUGUGGACAAACAUAAAUUAUUUACAUUUUUAAAAAAUGAUAAUAUGUUAAAGACAACUGGUGUAGAUGAGAAAAAUUUUUCAGAAAAAUUAAUUGAUGAAACAUUAAAUGAUCCUAUUUAUGUUGAUUAUGUAAAGGGAAAAAUGAUGGAAAUUUAUAAAAAAACUAAUUUAAAUAGAUACAAUGUUAUUAAUGACAUAUACUUAACUUCCAAACCAUGGGACACUACAAACUACCUUACUCCAACAUUAAAAAUAAGAAGAUUCAAUGUAUUUAAAGAUUUUUCUUUUUUUAUAGAUGAAGUUAAAAAGAAAUAUGAAGAAAAAUUAAGUGGAAAUAGCACGGGUAGUAUGAAUAAUGGUAAAAGUGGAAGUAAAUCUGAUAUUAAAGGUGGAAGUAAAGAUGAUAUAAAAAGUGGAAGUAAAGAUGAUAUAAAAAGUGGAAGUAAAGCUGAUAUAAAAAGUGGAAGUAAAGAUGAUAUAAAAAGUGGAAGUAAAGAUGAUAUAAAAAGUGGAAGUAAAGCUGAUAUUAAAAGUGGAAGUAAAGAUGAUAUAAAAGGUGGAAGUGAAGAAGAAAUUAAAAAUGGAAAAAAAUAUGAAAAUAAUGAGGAAAAAAAAAGAGUACCAGGACGACAAUCGGAUUAUAUAAAAAAAUCUGUGUUGAAAUCUGAAAACGUUGAUGUAUCAAAAGAAGUUGAAUCACCUGUAAGAAAAAGUGAAGAAAAACCUGUGUCUAAGACAGUUCAAAAACAAUUAAGAAAAAGUGCGGAAAAGCCUAUUGGAAAACAAAUACAAAGACCAUUACCAUAUAGUGAAGAAGGUGAUAAAAAAGUAAAUGAAAUGAUAAAUGUAAUACAGAAGGGACCACAAGAACUACAAGUAAAUGUAUAA